UGCCGUUGACAGAUACAAAUACAAAUUUUCUUGUGUCUAUUAAUAUUUUGCAUACCGAUAACCUAUAACAAAAUAGUAUUUACAAUUUAAUAUCAAAGAUGGAAGAAGUUUUUAAGGAUCCCGUGCAACUUUCUUCAGGGGUAAAAUUAAAAGAUUUAAUAAGUGGUAAUUCAGAAUUUCAUUUAGAUAUGGACUUCAAGAAACCAAAUAUGAGCUUCAUGACUAAUUGCGAUGACGACUUGUGUCCUGACAUUGGAGAUAGUGAUAGUGAAUCAGAAGACGCGUUCAAGAAUAUAGAAAGAACAACAGAAAAACAAUUGCUCUCCUGUCCAGAGUAUCACUCGUUCAGCGAUCUGUCGUCAAAGAUGGUGGAUUGCAUAUCGAGCGGUGACGUCAAAAUGCUCAUCAUAGAGGAAGGCAAAGGUCCGCUGGUACCAGUAGAUGCGAUGGUGACUAUCCACUAUGCAGCUUAUUUUGAAAAAGCGAAAAUUCCGUUCGACUCUAGCCUCACGAUGAAUAGUGGUGCACCAUUGCGCAUGCGGUUAGGCAGAGGACGGUUUCUACCAGGCCUUGAAAUAGGUCUGACUUGUAUAAAAGGACCGAGGGCUAGGUUCCUUCUACUGCUGCAGCCGAGAAUGGCAUGGGGGCUCCAGGGCGCUCCGCCUAGGAUUAGACCGGAGCCCGCGUUGUUCGUUAUAUCAUUGUAUGAUGUGGACGAUGUUGAGGCGAUUACGAGGUUCAAUGAUCUACCGUCACAGGAGCAGAAAAAGUAUGAAGUAACAAUGAAAACUGUGAAAUCUCUUCACAAUUACUCCAAAGAUUUGUUUUCCAAGAAGAAAUAUUUCAAAGCUAUUAAAAACUACCAACAGUCAAUUUCCAUAAUGAACAUAUCACAGCCGGAGAAUGAUCUAGAAAGAGACGAAAUUGAAAAACUAAAAGUCAACGCCUACACAAACUUAGCCGUCUGUUAUUAUAAAUUAAAUAAACCCAAACAUGUGCUCAAUAUGUGUGCCUGCUUAGAAUACAUGGUAGACAUAGAGAAACACUGCAAAAUUAUGUUUUAUUACGCCAAAGGUCACGAGAUGCUGGGUAAGUACGACGAUGCUGUUAAAUUUUACAAGAAAGCGCUUAAAUUGCAACCGAAAAACAAAGAGAUAGGUGAAGCGCUUGCGAACUUAGACAAGUAUAACUUGAAAUCCGCUGAUCAGGAGAGAGAUUUGUGGCAGAACGCGUUCAAGUGUUCGUCAACGAAUAAAACUGUUGUCUAUAACGUAGAUGACAGUUUCAAAAAUGGCGUCAGUGACAUGUGUCAGAAUUUGGCGGGAAACGCGGAAUAUGCUAAAUUCGAUUUGCCGCCUGGUUUGACGAAGGAUGAGGUUGAAUGUAUAAAAGAUCUGAGUUCAAAAUUCGAAGGGUUAGUCGUGUUAGAGGAGGGGAAGGGGAAGAGGAAAAGGAUUUCCGUUGUAAAAAAGGCUAAUACGUAAUUUUUUUAUUUAAUAUGCUUUGUGCACUCAUGGAGAUUUAUGUUUUAAUUGUUAUAACUAGAUUUAGUUACUUUGUAGUAUUAAUGUCACGAAGUUGGAGACAAAAUGGCGCAACUACGGUACCUUGGACCUCACGUCUUUUUUUUUCAUUUAAACCGUUGAACUAUUGGAACGCAUUUAUAAUACUGGUUAGGAACAGGAUUUACAGACACGGAUCUAUUGAUUUUUUUUUAGAUUUUGAUUCUAGUAGGAUAUGAUAGUAGUAGGGGGACGUUAAAAGCCGAGAUGGCCCAGUGGUAAG